AUGAAUUUAAAUCGAUCAAAUUCUGUGUUAGAAGAUAAGGAAAAAUGUAUUGACAAUCAACAACAUGAAUUAGAAACAUUUAAUCAUAUUUUAUCAAAAUUACAAAUUGACUAUGAAAAAUCGAAAACAGAUUUAUCAUUAGCGCAUGAUAAUAUUGUCCAAUAUGAAACUAUUCAAGAUACAAUAAAACAAACAUUAAAUGAGAAAAUAAGUGAAAUAGCAAUAUUAUCCGAGCGUUUUCAUGCAGUACAAAAUGAUUAUUAUACAUAUGAAAAAGAUCAUCGUUAUACAAAUGAUGAUUAUUUUGAUAAAGAACAUCGUUUGACAUCAGUUGAAAAUGAAUUGACAACAGUGAUGAAAAAUUUUGAAUUAUUACAAAAUGAAAAUAAAAUUUUGAAUGAUAAAGUAGGAAAAUAUCGAUAUAAUCUUGAACAAAUUGAAACAGUUGAAGCAGAAAAUAAAGAAAAGUUAAUACAAUCAAUGGAUGAAGGAAAAAUAUACAAACGAAAAUUAGCGACAUUGGGUGACUGUUUCAAAAUACUUGUCAAAAAAGUAAGAUUAUUCGUAUUUUUAGAUAGUCUUCAGGACUGUCAACUAAACGGGAAAACAGAUACAGAGAAAAAGGAGUCGUAAGGAAAACUUUUUUCCUUCAAAGAGAGAUAAGACGAAAGCACAUUAUUUGACUGAAAUCAUUAAAUUACAGACACAUAAAUACAUUCUUUUUCUUUCUAUUGAAUAUUUCUGCUAUUCAUUUUUCUUCUCGUAUUCUCGAUUUCAAAAUGUAAAAUUUGACAGAAAUAUCUAUUGUUAUACGGAAAAUAAUAAAUGCUCAAUUCAAAAUAUAAAGUUUUUACUAAUAUGUUUGUAUUUUUCACU